AUGUUCUCGAACCUCGGCUUGCUAUCCGCAGCUCGAUGUCCUGAUCCAUCCUGUGGCCGUCCAAGAUGUUUCUUCACUCACGCCGAGGCAUCUUCCUCCAAAACGACCUUACCAUCCAAGGACGUUCCAUCGACUGUUAGACAAGCAGUGAAGAGACGGUCAGAGGCCGAAGAGGAAGAGAGAAUCAGGGGAGUUGUGCGAAGGGUGACUGGAAAUGACAGUAGGAAAGGAAGUACAACCCCAAGUUCUCGAAAAUUGGAUAAUGGAACGAUCAGACCUUCAGCGAAGGACGGACCAUCAGCGAGCACUGAGGUACCCCCAGCUGUUCCCCAAACACCAGUCCGGCCAAUACCGACUCCGGCUACUCCCUCUCUAAUUGCUUUAAACACUGCUCGUCCACCGGUCUUACCCAUCAACCUCAAACCAUCACCUCAUCCAAGACCAGAUAGACAAAAAGGCUUGAAUACGUUGUACACCCAGUAUGCCAAACUUUAUGCGCCUAUCCUACAUCUCUCUCCUGAUCUGGCUCACACCUCAGCUUUCUCUCAAGAAUCGGAAACAGCAGCUGCUUCAUCGAACGUGCGAAUAUACAAAACGGCGAUUCAUCAAGCUGCCGUAUCCAUCUCGAAGCGAAUCCCACCGGAUAAGCUGGAUCAUCCAUCGAUAGGGACAGUCAAAGAAUCUAGAGUUGCCCAUGAAGUAGCAGAGAAGGAGAAACUAUCUAAACUGUCUAGAGGGAAGAUUGAUAAAUAUUGUUUACCUCUUGAUCAAUUUGAGAUAUGGCGAUAUCCCAAUCCUCAAGAUAAUUCUCUCACCGAUAUCAACCCUGAGGAGGUUAAGAUAGAUGGAGAAAGAGAAGAGAGGGUAUGUAACAGAUGUAAAGUUUCUUUUGUGGUUAGUUCGAAGAAUAUAGAAGAAAGGAUGAAAAAUGGUGAAUGCAAAUAUCACUAUGGUCGAACUUUACCUGAACGAAUUGAGGGAAGGAGGAAAUGGAUAUAUACAUGUUGUGGGAAAGAAAGAGGAGAAGUUGGAUGCCAAGAUUAUAUACAUGUAUUCAGUGAGGAAGAUGAUGAUAGGAAAUUAGCAAGGAGGGUACCGUAUAAGACUACCGAACAGGUCAUAGGCAAGGGAGAUGGUGGGUUGGGGAAAUGGAAUGAGGUAGUAGCCAUGGAUUGUGAGAUGAUUUACACCACGGCGGGUAUAUCGCUUGGAAGAGUAACUAUAGUAGAUGAGAACGGAGAGAUACUUCUCGAUGAAAUGGUCAGACAGACUGUACCUGUAUUAGACGUCAACACACGAUUCUCCGGUAUAACCCCCGAUCAGCUCAAAACUGCUGUCAUGGAUUUGCCAGCAGUUAGAGCAGCAGCGUGUAUGUUCAUUGGUCCGGAUACUAUAACAGUAGGACAUGGUCUUGAAAACGAUCUUCGUGCUCUCCAAUUACUGCAUACCAAAGUGAUAGAUACAGCGUUCGUAUUUCCACAUGACAAAGGACCGCCUUUUCGUCGCGCUCUGCGAGAUAUCGUCAAGGAAAAGUUGGGUUAUUUCAUCCAGGAUAGAACAUCUGAUUUGGGUCAUUCUUCUGCUGUAGAUGCGAAGAGCACGCUGGAAGUUUUGAAGUGGAAAGUAAGGGAGGAUAACGUUACAUGA